AUGGAGAAUGAUGGCAACGCAUCCCUCAACAAAGGGGUGUGGAGCGCUGAUGGGAAAUUCGCGGAAUCAUCAAGCGCCGAUGAAGACGCGACGCUCGCCCAAUACGUCGCCCUCCACGGCCCCAAGAGGUGGAAAUGUGUGGCCAUCAAAUCAGGGUUGAACAGGUGUGGUAAGAGCUGCAGGUUGAGAUGGCUCAACUAUCUUAGACCUGAUGUAAAAAGAGGCAACUUUUCUGAUGCUGAAGAGGAUUUGAUUCUUAGAUUGCAUAGGCUCAUAGGAAAUAGGUGGUCGUUGAUCGCCAAGAGAAUCCCCGGGCGAACUGACAACGAGAUCAAGAACUACUGGAAUGCUCAUCUGAGGAAGAAAGCAAAGCUAAUGGAGAAGUUACCUGCAAUUUCGCUAGCUGCAAUGAAGGAGAAUCUUUGGAGUGAGGAGGCCAGUAAUGGAACAGAGAGUCAAGAGACGGAAGACAUCGGAGGUGGAAAUGAGGAUGGAGACGAUGAUGAAUCUUUCGAUGUCUCAGCCUCUGAACUGAAUUGGGUUAAAAGUUUUCUUGAACUCGAGGAAGAUGUAUGA